AGCAGGAAGUGAAGAUUUUGACAGAAAGAGGUUUACAGCAGUUUAAUAACAUUAAACUUGACAUCUUUUGAACCACGGGACUGUCAGGGAGUACCGUUAACGUUAGCAAGACCGACGGUAGCUAACGCGGAACCGAAAAUGCAGUCUGUGCGAAAACGAAGAGGCAACGAUUUAAACACAACAGAAACUAGCACUCCUGGUUGUUUGAAGGAAAAUGUGUCACAGCAGAAAAGGCAUCACUUCCACUCUGACCUGUGGUUCUGUCUGACGCUGCAGAACUGGAUACUGGACUUUGGAAGGCCUAUUGCAAUGAUCAUCCUCCCUCUGGAGUGGUUUCCCCUGAACAAACCCAGUGCUGGAGAUUAUUUCCACAUGGCCUACAAUGUCAUAACACCAUUCCUGCUGCUCAAGCUGAUCGAGCGCAGUCCCAGAGCGCUGCCUCGCUCAGCGGUCUACCUCUGUAUCAUCACUUUUGUCAUGGGAGCCAGCAUCCACCUGGUGGGGGACUCCAUCAACCACCGGCUCAUCCUGAGCGGCUACCAGCUCCACCUGUCAGUCAGAGAGAACCCCAUCAUCAGAGACCUCAAACCUGCCUCACUGAUUGACUCCUUUGAGCUGCUGUAUUAUUAUGAUGAACAGCUGGGGCACUUAAUGUGGUACAUUCCUUUCUUCAUCAUCUUGUUCAUCUAUUUCACUGGCUGCUUCACCAAGGCCAAAGAACAGAAGCGGAUCCCCGUCCCUGGUUGGCUGUUGCUGGGGCCCAGCGCCCUCUACUAUUGGUACUUGGUCACUGAAGGACAAAUCACUGAACUUUUCCUCCUCACUUUCCUCGCCAUGGUUGUCAUGGUGAUCUAUCAACAGCGUAAAGGCCUCAGCCCGGACAGUAACGGCCUCUUCCUGUUCUGUAGUUUCAGUGUUACUGUGCUGCUGGUGGCACUGUGGGUGGGCUAUCUGUGGAACGACCCAGUGCUGCGCAAAAAGUACCCCGGACUCAUGUAUGUGCCGGAGCCCUGGUCUUACUACACGUUACACAUCAAGAACAGCCACUGAGUGACAUCCGUCCUGCUCUGUGCACCUCUGUGUUUGGAGUGGAGGCUUUGAAAUCACAGAAAGCCGAUGUUUCUGUGACCUGACUGACGCAAAUCCUUUCUCUCUUCAGCAGGUUUUCUGUGACAGAGGCCUCAGUAAUAUUCCACAAUUACCCCAAAUAUGACAGUAAUCUGAAUUUGACACAGGUCACGUUAACCGGAGUUCCUACAGUUUAAGGCAAGUUGGAUUUAAGGCUUUUUUAAAGCCACUUGGAGGUCACUUCAAGACCAAUUUUCUAAUAACCAAAACCUAAGGACAAUUUUAUUUCCACUGCUUAGAUUCCCAUUAAGAUGAGUUUAAGAAAAGAAACGUAUUAUAUUAUUUAACCAAAAAAAAAAAAGUAAAAGAUUUUACCAGUUAUUUUGAGAUUUUAAAAUGCAACGUUAGAGAGAAAGAUUAAGUAAAUCUGACUCCCCUUGUCUGAGCAUUUUUAAGACCUUUGUAAGAUCCGCGGGAAUUCUGGUGUUAACAGGAUAAUCUUUUGGAUUUCCCUCAUUAAUUUUGUAAUAAUUAUUUACCUUUAUUGGCCCUAAUGGCAACUAUCAGUUUUGUUUAGUUGAAGGCGUAAAACUAUUAACCUGCUAAAGGCAAAAGUGAGCUGCUGUCCUCUCAUGUCCCAACUCAUGUUACUCAGAAACCAAAAUAAUACAAACCUGCCACAGGUUUGCUGUAACACAGUUAGUUUGUGAUAAAUAUAAAAAAUAAGAAAACAGGAACAACAAAUUUGUAAGGAAUUAGUAAAAAAGUUACAAGAACAUGAAA